CGGGUCAUGGCUUUUAAUAGUGCUACAAGCCCUCCAACCCUACCUCUCUCUCAGGUAUCCAUUGAACUCAACGUUCUCCAUUGAAGCGCAGUUCACGUCCUCCGUUGAAUUGCACGGCGCCUUCUAAUACUUGUAUCCCCAUUGAAGCAGCUUCUGAGGUGCAGGUGACUAUAACGCAGAAUCCAUGUGGGAGGUGCUAUUAAUGGCGAAACCUCCUGAAUCCUGGUAUUUCAGUGAAAGGGGGAGUGUUCUUUUGAAAUGUUUCAAUCCAAUACAUUCAAAAUCCUAUGUAGCUACACACACAAUUCAAAAUGCCAUAUUCUAGUUCUUAGAUACCACUUGACGUCACAUUAAAAUCAAACACAAACAAUCCUGAAAAAUACUUGGGUGAUGCCUUUGAUUUAAUGUCUAACAUGGCUUUCCAGCUUUGUAAUUUGACAAUCCUGGUUAUCAGGUGAACCCAAAUCACACAUUAAAAUCAAACACAAUCAAUCCAGUGCAAAAAAAAAAAAAAAAGACCCUCUUUUGUCUACAUUAAUCUUUGCUUCCCCUUUCUCGCUGUAUUCCAUUAUUUAUUAAAAAAAAGAUGGCUUGUAUGCGUCCUCAUGGGUUUCCCUGAAAGUUCUCAGUUGAUUGAGGAUCUGCUUAUUCUCAGAAAAGAUUUACAUAUACCAGUCAUGGCUGAGGGUUCCGAGAUCGAUGAGCGUGUGGACCUUGAUGAUGAUAAUUACAUGGAAGAAACAGAUGAAGAUGUUGUCGAUGGCAUUGAGGAUGAGGCAGAGGAAGGAAUUGGUGAUGAUAAGGCUGAGGAGCAGGAUGAGGAAUUGAGAACUGAUGGUAGUGGAAAAGAGCAAUCAUCGGGACCUGAUCAAAGUCCCAUUGGUGAUGAACAUGGGGAAGAUGAGGAGAAAUAUCCAUCUUCAAUCAGUGAAGAGGACAAAGAGAAGCACGCUGAGCUUCUUUCUCUUCCUCCUUAUGGAGCUGAGGUUUUUAUUGGUGGGCUUCCCAAGGAUGUUACUGAAGAAGAUUUAAGAGAUCUUUGUGAGCCUUUUGGUGAAAUUUUUGAGGUAAAAUUAAUAAAAAAUAAGGAUACUGGUGAAUUUAAGGGAUAUGCCUUUGUAGCAUUCAAAACAAAGGAAGAUGCCCAGAAGGCAAUAGAAGAGUUGAAGAACAAAGAAUUUAAGGGAAAAACGGUCAGGUGUUCAUUGUCUGAUGCAAAGCACAGGUUAUUUAUUGGUAACAUCCCUAAAAGUUGGUCAGAGGAUCAGUUCAAACAAAUGAUACAUGAAGUUGGUCCAGGGGCAGAGAUAAUUGACCUUAAGCAGGAUGGUUUAAAUCCUGGCCGUAACCGUGGCUUUGCCUUUAUUGAGUAUUACAACAAUGCCUGUGCUGAUUAUGCUAGACAGAAAAUGUCUAGCGGAAGUUUUAAGCUUGAAGGGAACACCCUAACUGUCACCUGGGCUGAUCCGAAGAGUGCUCCUGACUCUGCUGCUGCUUCCCAGGUCAAGGCACUCUAUGUAAAAAAUAUUCCAGAGAGUGCAACCCCUGAACAACUGAAAGAAAUUUUUCAGCGCCAUGGAGAAGUCACGAAGGUUGUGUUGCCUCCUGCUAAAGGGGGACAAGGCAAAGGGAGUUUUGGGUUUAUCCAUUUUGGUGAAAGGUCUAGUGCUCUAAAAGCUGUCAAAGACACAGAAAAGUAUGAGAUAGAUGGUCAGGCGUUAGAAGUUACUAUGGCCAAGCCACAGACAGAUAAGAAGUCUGAAGCAGCAGCUUCCUUUACUGCUGGUUCAAACUAUCUUCCUCCACAAGCUUAUGGUUUUGCUGGAAAUCCAUAUGGUUCAGUGGGGGCUGGAUAUGGUGUUGCUGGUGGAUACCAACAGCCAAUGAUAUAUGGGAGGGGGCCGAUGCCAGCUGGCAUGCAAAUGGUUCCUAUGGUUCUACCUGAUGGCCGAAUCGGCUACGUCUUGCAGCAGCCGGGAAUGCAGAUGGCUGCACCAGUGCGGCCCCGUAGGAAUGACCGGUCCAAUGGAUCAGGUGGGCCCCAGGGGAGGGGUAAUGGAAGUGGAAAUGAUAGGACUAGAAGAUACCGACCCUAUUAGUAAUUUAGUGUGGAAGGGGAUUUUAAUCUUAUAUAUUAUGAGAGGAAGCAAUGAUGCCCGACUUCCAGUUUGGGGAAGUUGAAGAGACAAUAGGGCGUAAAAAAACAGAUGCAGAAAAUGGGAUGUCAAGCGAGUCAGGAUAAUUGAUAGUAGUUGUAUUAGUGUUGGUGGGUUAUUUGUAAAAUGGACUAAAUCUACACUUUGACUGAGACUACAUUUGGGAACCCCUAAUCUUCUGGCUAUAUUAAAUUUCCAUAUUGUUUAGUGCAAUCAGAUGUAUUUUAAAUCAGGGGUAUGUUAGUGUAAUUGCUUUGUUUGAGCCCUUUAAGGACUAUCAAUGAGUUAAGUGUUAAGUGUGAAGUGAAACUUGACUGUUGCUGUUGCUUAAAUAUGUUGCUUCUCA